AUGAAAAUAUCGUUUGAAGGAAAACGGGUUUUAGUGACGGGUGCUGGCCAAGGAAUCGGUCGUGGUAUUGCCAUAGAAUUAUGGAAAGCAGGUGCCAAAGUAGUAGCUGUGUCCAGGACAAAAUCACACUUAGAUAGUCUUCAUGCGCAAUACCCAUCUAUAGAUGUGGUGGCUUUGGAUGUCGGAGACUGGGAUAAGACUCGCCAAGUUAUAGAUGGUCUAGGACAUUUUGAUGCGUUAGUCAAUAAUGCAGCUAUUGCAAAUUGCCAACCAUUUUUAGAGUGUACACCAGACGUUUUUGACAGAAUGGUCGGCAUAAAUCUCAAAUCCGUUAUAAAUAUAAGUCAAGUUGUGGCUAAAAAGAUGAUCGAAAAGAAAAUAGCUGGUGCCAUCGUCAACGUUUCUUCUCAGGCAUCGAAGAAAGCAUUACCAAACCACACGAUAUACAGCGCAACGAAGGCUGCAUUAGAUUCUGUAACCCGUACAAUGGCUUUGGAGCUAGGACCCUACGGCAUCAGGGUUAACGCGGUCAACCCUACAGUCAUUAUGACUGAAAUGGGGAGAACAGAAUGGUCUGAUCCAGCUAAAGCUAAUGCUAUGCUUUCUAGAAUACCCUUGAAAAGAUUUGGAGAAGUGUCCGAAGUGUCGGACGCGGUGCUCUACUUGCUGAGUGACAAAGCGAGUAUGAUCAAUGGUGUUGAGUUGCCUAUCGACGGAGGUUUCCUGGCUGCGUAG